UGACGGCUCCAAAGCAAGCCGGCUGGCUCCAGAACACCCGUUGCAAAUAGGGAUGUGGUUUUGACGGUUCCGCCUUUGUCCUCGUCCUCACGGCUUCCUGUUGACAUUCAUCCAUUAUCAGUACCAUCACACUGGUGGUCUACAGUAGCGGCCUGCUAACCAUGGUAGUAGUGCGUAUGAAGAAAGCAUUGGGAGUAUCUCUCUGUCUGCUGGUUGCAUUCAGUUGUGCAGGAGGAGGGACUCUGGCAUCUACCGAUUCCAUCGAGGGCGAACGAAAAACGGGGACAAGCGACAACCGCAACAAUGACGCCCAUCAGGACGCUCGCCGUCUUCUCCAAGAUCCACCACAAGUAGAAGGUCAAGGGCAAAUUUUCGUGUUUUCCUCACAAAACAAUGGUGAAAACGAAGUAUCUGCAGUGACACGAGCACGAACUCGCAAACAAAAGGCGGUUCUAGAAGAGGAGGUCUUUUCCGGUUCGGUCCACUACAUUUCCAAUGCCACAGACGAGCAACACCAGUUCUUGGUCCACCAUGGCUGUGUCAAUGGAGGAUCAGCAUCACGCUACGAGUUUCUUAUGCAGAGCAAGGCUGAGCACUUGGCAGUGGAAUUGUGGAAAUGGUGUGCACUGUACCAACACGGUGGCAUCGUUUUGGAUAGUGACACUACUAUUUUGAAUGGACAUGCCUUGAAGAGACUGAUUCUAUCGGAGGACAACAAUGCUGGCAUCGUAGUCGUCAAUUCACAGUCAGCCAACAUUGUCAUGUUACGACAUGCCCAGUUGCCAGUGGCCGCCAAAAUGGCCCAACUCCUUGUGGAAACGGGCUUGGACCAUCUCAUUUCCAAUCCAAACAUUGUGCCUCAAGCACUCUACAACUUUACUGCAGUCGAACCCAAGAAUUGGCACAUCUUGCAUCAGUCAUGUUCCUGUACUGACGACCACCGAUCUGGUUUGUGCUGUGUUGCCUAUGCGGGCGACAGUGCCAAGGAAAUAGUAGCUGUUUUAGGCGCUCACGCCAAGCAUAUGACAACAACUAAAACAGAUUUGCCAUUACUAGAGACGGAAAAGACCUUCCAGGCCAAAGUCACUCCAAUGGAUGGAACAAGACCAUCCUUCUCUGUUUCUACUUUUUCAGCAGCAAGCAACAAGAAGACAUUCUACCAAAUUCUCGAGGAAGCCAACUGCAUGCCGUCAAAUGCCUGCCACAAGUGCCUUGCAGACAAGAAGCACGGAGCAACCUGUGAAACUUGUAGAGAAGAGUGCCCGUGCUUUUGUAAGGAACUGUGUCGUCAUCAAAAAGAAACCAGACACAAUGCCGACAACAAUAAUGCCUUCAUUGUCAAUCCUCCACUCCAACGAAAGGAUCCCUCUCGGUUGAUUCCACGAAUUGUUCAUCAAACUUGGUUUGAAGAUAUCACCAAUACCAAUGUUCAGAAAUAUCCACACCUGAGUCGAUUCGUCAAUUCCUACCAGACUUCUGGGUGGGAAUACAAGUUUUACACUGAUGACGUUGCUGGGGAAUUUCUAUCAGCUCAUUUUCCACCGCAAGUACGACAAGCCUAUGAUCUACUCAUUCCUGGCGCCUUCAAGGCUGAUCUGUUUCGAUAUUGUGUCCUGCUCAUUGAAGGAGGUGUCUAUGCCGACGUGGAUACUCUAAUGGGGCCCUCUCUUGAUGAUGCCAUUCCCAGCCAUGUUGGAUUCCUCGUUGGAUUGGACGAGCCGGGCAAACGCAUUGGAACUCGCAUGUGUCUCUGGAAUGGAUUUCUCGCUUCGGCUCCUGGGCACCCCUUUCUGGCGGCCGUCAUUGAAACAGUUGUCAACAAUAUCCACCAACGAUUUACAUCUCUUGACGUGGCUCAAAUGCAUUGUCCAUCGCCAGAGCUAUCCACGAUCACAUCCUAUAGUCCACUAUUUGUGGCAGGACCUUGCAUUCUUGGAUCUACGAUCAAUCACGUUCUGGGGCGCUACCGGCAAACACCUUUUGAAUCGGGAGAAUUGGUAGGAGUCCAACCACCAGUAGAUCCAACCAAUACUGUAAAGAAGCAGAACGUGACAAUCCCUGGACGAACCCUUCUGCUGUCACAGAACAAGAUGGAUAUGGGAGCUCAUCGAUUCACAUUGGAAGAGCUGAAUUUGAUUGUCCUCUCCACUGAUUUUCCCGAUUCGGAUGAUCGUGAAAAGCUGGACGAUUAUGAGCACUAUAGCGAGACUCGCAUCAAGUUUACAACCUAUGGAGUUGAUGGGGUGUACAAGAAUAAUCAGAGAAACAUGAGUGCUUUGAUUAAGUUGACAGUUGGGCCAGCAAAAUGAUGACAACAUCAGCGAUGCCGUGCUCACCGUACUGCAGGUGCAGGGUAAGCUUGUAGAUUAGUCUACGCUCAAAAAGCAUGACAGAAAGGUCUUUGUCUAGAGACAUGAUUGUGGCAAUCUAUUUGGCUGGAUCCCUUAGCUACCAGUAGCUAGAGCGCAAUCCCUGGUUAGAGCAUCUUUCGACGACAAAGAUACGAAUAAUCGAAUCACUGGGAUGGAAGCUGUCAUCGGAUUCUUUCUCGUUUUGCCGAAACUGCGCAUCGUCAUUUGCCGUGGAGGAGAAUGAUGUUUGUACAUGUUUGUGCCACGAAGGAAACUGAAUCAGAUCACAGCACCGUUGGCCAAUGCUGCGUUCUGAACUGUUAUUUGCUCGACGUACACGUACAGCCCGAGCGAUUACCGCAGCAUUGCUUCGUGCGUGACGAUUGAUUAGAUGACACAGGAGUUCGACCUUUGAGAUCCCACAUCUUAGUCCUUGUCUUCGAUUUCCUUCCUUUCCGAGCUCUCCGUCUUCAACUUCGCUCCCAUUAAUCUUUACCCUAGUUUGUAUCUCCAGAGGGUACGCACAAUUGUUUUAGUCUUUCUUACGAAGCUUUAAUCGGAUACACUCUAAGGGUGUUCCAAGGACGACGAUCGACUUCUCAAGAAAAACCAGGAAACCUGCGUCCUUCUUGAUCGGCGCCG